AUGGCCAUCACUACACUAACCUUAGGCCCUGUAUUUUUGUUCGCAUCCUCUGGUCACAGUGCAGCAGCAGGAGCUGAACUCUGCUUUCCACAACUCCUCAACACGUCUUGCAAAAAGCACACACGUCCUAACUCUAAGACGAUGCUUAGUUACAUGGGAUUGUCCUCUGUCUCUCUGCUGACUGCAUUUCUCAACCUGCUGGUCAUCAUCUCCAUCUCCCACUUCAGGCAGCUCCACACCCCCACCAACCUCCUCCUCCUCUCUCUGGCUGUCGCUGACUUCCUCGUCGGCCUCUUUGUGAUGCCAAUGCGAAUCUUCUUAACAGAACCUUGCUGGUUCCUGGGUGACCUGGUGUGUGUUUUGUUUUUUUUUUUAUUAUCUGUCUCAAUAGUAAACAUGGUUCUCAUAUCAAUCGACCGUUAUGUGGCUAUCUGUGACCCUCUGCGCUACCCCACCAAAAUCACUCAAAAGAGAGUUCAAAUCUUUGUUCUCCUGUGUUGGAUUUAUUCUGUUUUCUACAGCUUUAUGCUUUUAUAUGAUAACCUGAAACAACCAGGCAGGUAUAACUCCUGCUAUGGACAAUGUGUAGUUAACUCUAAUGGAGCUGUUGAUAUUGUGUUAUUCUUUAUCCUUCCCAUCACUGCCAUCAUCAUUUUGUAUAUGAGAGUGUUUGUGGUGGCUGUGUCUCAGGCCCGUGCCAUGCGCUCCCACAUUGCAGCUGUCACUGUAACUGCUAAGAAAUCAGAGUUGAAAGCAGCCAGGACUCUUGGUGUCCUUGUUGCUGUGUUUCUCAUGUGCUACUGUCCAUAUUAUUGUUUUUUUCUUUCUGGCUAUUACCUCAUUAUGGAUUAUCUGACAAACACCAUUAUUAUGUUUCUGGUAUAUUUUAACUCCUGUCUAAACCCUAUGAUCUACGCCUUUUUCUACCCCUGGUUUAGAAAAUCUGUUAAACUCAUUGUUACACUUGAGAUA